GAACUGCUGGAAACUAGACGACUGACUGACGGGCUGACGGAGAGAUUCCUGCCGUGGGUUGCUCACGUCGCUGCAGCCUCUCCCCUUGUAUUUUAUGAAAAAGGACAGCAGCACCACAGUCGCUCCACAGAGGGUGUUGAAGAUGGCAGUGUGGAUCCAGGCCCAGCAGCUCCAGGGAGAUGCUUUGCAUCAGAUGCAGUCUCUGUAUGGUCAGCACUUCCCCAUCGAGGUGCGACAUUAUCUGUCCUCGUGGAUAGAGAGCCAGCUCUGGGACGCCAUAGACCUGGAGAACCCACAGGAGGAGUUCAAGGCCAAACGCCUACUAGACAGUCUGAUACAAGAGCUGCAGAACAAGGCUGAGCACCAGGUGGGAGAGGACGGCUUCCUACUCAAAAUCAAACUGGGACACUACGCCAGCCAGCUCAAGAGCACGUAUGACCGCUGUCCUCUGGAGUUGGUCCGAUGCAUCAAACACAUCCUCUACACCGAGCAGAGGCUCGUCAGAGAGGCUACCAAUUCAAGCUCUCCAGUCGGCGGGAUGAUGGACAGCAUGUCUCAGAAAUACCAGCAGAUCAACCAAGCUUUUGAGGAGCUUCGCCUGCUGACCCAGGACACAGAAAAUGAUCUGCGGAAGCUCCAGCACAACCAGGAGUACUUCAUCAUCCAGUACCAGGAGAGCCUCCGUAUUCAGGCUCAGCUGACCAGCCUGGCCACGCUGCCCCCUGCUGACCGACAGCUACGGGAGCCCGCCCUUCUCAGCAAGCGAGCCACUGUGGAGGCAUGGCUGACCAGAGAGGCCAACACACUACAAAAAUACAGACUGGACCUGGCAGAAAAACACCAGAAAACACUGCAGCUGUUGAGGAAGCAGCAGACCAUCAUUCUGGAUGAUGAGCUGAUCCAGUGGAAGAGACGGCAACAGCUGGCAGGCAACGGGGGCCCGCCAGAGGGAGGCCUGGACAUCCUGCAGUCCUGGUGUGAGAAGCUGGCAGAAACUAUCUGGCAGAACAGGCAGCAGAUUCGGAGAGCAGAGCACCUCAGGCAACAGCUACCCAUCCCCGGCCCCAUUGAAGAGCUCCUCAACGAACUCAACAGCACUAUCACAGAUAUCAUCUCAGCGUUGGUUACCAGCACCUUCAUCAUAGAGAAGCAGCCUCCACAGGUGCUAAAAACCCAAACCAAGUUUGCUGCUACGGUGCGCCUCUUAGUCGGCGGGAAGUUGAAUGUGCACAUGAACCCUCCGCAGGUCAAGGCCACCAUUAUCAGUGAACAACAAGCAAAGGCCCUGUUGAAGAACGAGAACACAAGAAAUGACAGCAGCGGGGAAAUUCUCAACAAUAACUGUGUGAUGGAGUACCACCAGACUACAGGCACUCUCAGCGCCCACUUCAGGAACAUGUCUUUGAAGAGGAUCAAGCGAUCGGACCGGCGAGGAGCUGAAUCUGUCACAGAGGAGAAGUUCACCAUUCUGUUCGAGUCCCAGUUCAGUGUUGGAGGAAAUGAGCUUGUCUUUCAAGUGAAGACAUUAUCACUUCCUGUAGUGGUGAUAGUCCAUGGUAGUCAAGACAAUAAUGCCACUGCAACUGUGUUGUGGGACAACGCUUUUGCGGAGCCAGGACGGGUGCCUUUCCUUGUGCCAGAUAAGGUGCUCUGGCCUCAGCUGUGUGAUGCCAUCAACAUGAAGUACAAGGCUGAGGUGCAGAGUAACCGAGGCCUGUCUGAGGAAAACUUGGUCUUCCUGGCUCAGAAGGCUUUCAGCAGCUCCAGCAACAACCCUGAUGACUACCGCAACAUGACUAUGACCUGGUCACAGUUUAACAGGGAAAGCUUACCAGGGAGGAACUUCACAUUUUGGCAAUGGUUUGAUGGUGUGAUGGAACUCACAAAAAAACAUCUCAAACCACACUGGAAUGACGGGGCCAUAUUGGGCUUUGUGAAUAAGCAGCAGGCUCAGGAUAUGUUGAUGUCCAAACCCAACGGCACCUUCCUUCUGCGCUUUAGUGACUCUGAAAUUGGAGGAAUUACAAUUGCCUGGGUGGCAGAAAAUCCCAACAAAGCAGGAGAGAGAAUGGUUUGGAACCUCAUGCCGUACACAACCAAAGACUUUUCCAUUCGCUCUCUGGCUGACCGUAUCAGCGAUCUCAAUCACCUCCUGUUCCUCUACCCUGACAGACCAAAGGAUGAGGUUUUCUCCAAAUAUUACACCCCGCCACUCUCCAAAGCAGUGGAUGGCUACGUGAAACCACAGAUUAAACAAGUGGUGCCCGAUUUUGCUACAGCCAAUCCAGAUCCAGCAACUGGAAACCCAACCUAUAUGGAUCACGGCGCCUCUCCAGCACCUGUCAAUCAUCCUCACACCUACAGCAUAUACCCACCUAUGAGUGACUCAAUGUUGGAUGCGGACGGAGACUUCGACCUGGACGACACCAUGGAUGUGGCAAGGCACGUAGAAGAGCUCCUGCGGCGGCCUGUAGAGAGCCACAUGAGAGCAUGCAUGUCCAUCUUCUCUUUAUUUGUCUGUAACCCAGAAAGGGGGGGUUAAUGGACCCCCCUCACUCUCACAGGGCUAUUUUUCUUCUGUUUGUACACAGAAAUGCAAAUCUAAGCAUUUACCCAACGCUGCCUGCUUGUCCUCUCAGGUCCCUCUGUUCCCAUCAUAAAUGCUACCUCGCAUUAUUCUAUUGAUAGUAGUUGUUACUAUUGGCUGUUGUUGUUUCUGCACCACAUUCACACCAGUAGAUACACCUCCAAUAUGUCACGUGACACUUCAACAAAGGCAGAGGAGAAGAAGUCUAAGAAGAUCCACCUUGGGAGCGCCUUGGCCCUGAUGUUGUCAGUGAGUAAUGCAAUGCUCUACAGCCCAGUGUAUCAAACAGUAUUUGCAGAUGGAUCACUGAGAGGCCCCUUUAACCAGGCUGACUGGUCACAUUUUGUGGACUCAUGUGAACUGACACCACCCCCACCACCGGUUCAAGUCCACGUGGAGCUGAUGUUUGAGUUCAGAGGCCUUUUCACAUUAGAUCUUGAAUUUGUCCCGCGGAUGCGUGAGAGGAGGGAAGCUCUCCCGUUUGCAAGCACUGCAAAAGUGUGCAGGACACAGGGCGAUGCGCACAGCGGAGAGUCUAGAGAAGCGGACGUGGAGAACGAAACUGAUUUGUCAAGACAAGGAGACGAAAUCCACCGUGCUUUGAGAAAAUGGGUUGUUUUUACAUUGUGGAAGGGGGGGCUUUGCUGUAGCCUAACAUGGCGGAUCAUGGCAGGGGUACACGCUUCAGAUACUCUGUCGGGACAUUUUUUGGAUCUUGCCAUCGGCGCCCCGCCAACACAAGUUGAGAUCAACGCUGCAGGAAUCACCGGCGAUGCGGCCGCGCUGCCUGCCACCGGUACCAGGGCUUACUUGGAGGUGUCGGCGGCCUCUGCCCAGGGCUACGGGGCUGAGGGAGUUUACACCAAUGGACGGUACAGGGAGCACGGCAGCCCAAGGAUCGGGAGGGGCAGCCGUGAUAAUUCCAGCGAGAGGAGCCAGGGAGGAGGAAACACACCUUGCGGCAUCAUGAAGGACGGUUCCAAACAGAGGCAGGUGAGGAAGAAGACGGUUUCCUUUAGCUCAAUGCCGAGUGACCGCAAGAUCAACAGCACAGCUGCUUGCAUGGCCUUCAUGAUGGAGGGUUGUGAGAUGAAGAAGGUGCGCUCCAACUCACGUAUGUACAACCGCUACUUCCUUCUGGAUCCAGACAUGCACUGGCUCCGUUGGGAGCCAUCCAAAAAGGAUUCAGAAAAGGCCAAACUAGAGAUCAAGAGCAUUAAGGAAGUCCGUUUGGGAAAGAAAACUCCAGUUCUUCGCAGCAAUGGUCUCUCAGAUCAGUUUCCUGAUGAAUGCGCCUUCUCAAUCAUCUAUGGGGAUAACUAUGAGUCAUUAGAUUUGGUAGCCAGUACAGCAGAUGUUGUCAGCACCUGGGUGAUGGGCCUGAGGUAUCUGGUGUCUUACGGCCGGCAUACCGUGGACAUGGUGGAGCCCAGUCAACCGAGUUUACGAACAUCCUGGAUUGGCUCAGUGUUUGAUCUAGCAGAUAUGGAAAAAGAAGGACACAUAGACCUGUUCAGGGCCACACAGAUAAUCAAGGGGCUCAACCCUGGAAUGAAAGAGUCCAGGAUAGAACUGAAGUUCAAGGAACUCCAGAAAGCUAAAGACCAAUAUGGAGAGGCAAUUAACAUGGACACCUUUGUGGAGGCCUACUGUGAGCUCUGCACACGGCCAGAGAUUUUCUUCUUACUGGUGCAGUUCUCCAGUAACAAGGAGUAUCUGGACAGUAAAGACCUGAUGAUGUUCGUAGAGGUGGAGCAGGGUGUGGAAGGUGUGACAGAGGACAUGUGCAGGGAUAUCGUUCAGAAAUUUGAGCCAUCUGCCGAAGGCAGGGAGAGGAGCUACCUCUCCAUUGAUGGCUUCACACACUACCUCCUCUCCUCAGAAUGCCACAUCUUUGACCCCCAGCACAAACGUGUGUGCCAGGAUAUGACCCAGCCCCUGUCCCACUACUACAUCAACUCCUCACAUAAUGCCUCCCUUCUGGAAGACCACUUCUGGGGUUCAUCAGACAUCAGCAGCUACAUCCGAGCACUGAGAAUGGGCUGUCGAAGCAUUGAGGUCAUUGUAUGGGACGGCCCUGAUAAUGAACCAGUUGUGUAUGUAGGUAGUUCUGUGGCCUCACAGCUAGCAUUAUCUAAGGUCCUGGACAUUAUAAACCAAUAUGCUUUUGAGAGCUCUGAGUAUCCCCUCAUUCUCUGCUUGGUGACCCACUGCUGCAUCCCCCAACAGAAGGUCAUGGCCCAACACAUGAAAAAGAUCCUUGGGGACAAGCUGUACAUUGAACCACCCAACAAAGAGGAAAACUACCUUCCCUCUCCUGAGAAACUCAAAGGUAAAAUCCUCCUCAAAGGCAAGAGGCUACCGCCCAGCUGCACUGAUUCUGAAGGGGAUGUGACGGAGGAGGAAGAGGGUCUGGAAAUGUCCCGAAGAGUAGGAGCCGAUGAGAAGGACCAGUUAAAUGGCUUGGGCUGCAAAAGACUCAGACUGUGCAGGGAGCUAUCUGAUCUUGUAUCUCUCUGCAAGUCAGUCCAGUUCAGGGACUUUGAGAUCUCUAAAAGGGACCAAAAAUUCUGGGAGAUUUGCUCCUUCAAUGAAGUAGAUGCAAACAGGUUUGCCAAUGAGUUCCCAGAAGAAUUUGUCUGUUAUAAUAAGCGCUUUCUCUCCAGGGUAUAUCCCACACCAAUGAGGAUUGAUGCCAGUAACAUGAACCCCCAGGAUUUCUGGAAGUGUGGCUGCCAGAUUGUGGCCAUGAACUACCAGACUCCGGGCCUAAUGAUGGACCUCAAUUUAGGCUGGUUCAGGCAGAAUGGCAACUGUGGGUAUGUGUUGCGGCCAGCCAUCAUGAGGGAAGAGGUGUCCUACUUCAGUGCCAAUGCUCGGGACUCCCUGCCAGGAGUGUCUGCCCAGCUCCUUCACAUCAAGGUCAUUAGCGGGCAGAAUCUGCCCAAGCCUCGUGGCUCCGCUGCUAAGGGUGAUGUGGUGGAGCCCUACAUAUAUGUGGAGAUUCAUGGUAUCCCAGCUGACUGUGCUGAGCAAAGAACCAAGACUGUGUCCCAGAAUGGUGACAACCCUAUUUUUGAUGAGAGUUUCGAAUUCCAGAUCAACUUACCUGAACUUGCAGUACUGCGCUUUGUGGUGCUGGAUGAUGACUACAUUGGAGAUGAGUUUAUUGGCCAGUACACCAUCCCAUUUGAGUGCCUACAGCCAGGCUAUAGACAUGUCCCCCUACAAUCUCUGACAGGAGAGUUCCUACCCAACACCACCCUGUUUGUCCAUGUAGCCAUCACAAACAGGCGGGGUGGAGGAAAGGCACAUAAGAGGGGUCUAUCUGUCAGGAAGGGCAGGAAGGCCCGGGAGUACACCAACACCAAGACUACAGGGAUCAAAGUAGUGGAUGAGCUCUUCAGAGCUUCUACCCAGCCCCUCAGGGAGGCCACAGAUCUCAGAGAAAAUGUGCAGAAUGCCAUGGUGUCCUUCAAGGAGCUCUGCGGCCUGACUCCUGCAGCCAACAUGAAGCAGUGUAUCCUGACGGUGUCUACCUGGCUGAUGAACAGUGAGCGGUCACUGAGGGUGACAGUGGACCUGAGCGAGACGUACCCCACCAUGGAAGCUCAGGGUCCUGUGCCUGAGCUGCUACGCAAAGUGCUCAACGCCUACGACAUGAUGAUCCAAACCAGCAGAACGCUGAUAGAGUCGGCUGAUGUGGUUUACUCCAAGCUUACACAAGCACAGCGAGCAGGUCUGGACUUCCAUGAGGACCUGCAUCGCAUUGGCGCAAAGGAAGGUCUGAAAGGCCGCAAACUGCAGAAGGCAAUGGAGAGCUACGCUUGGAACAUCACUGUGCUCAAGGGCCAGGCAGACCUGCUGAAGCAUGCUAAGAGUGAGGCACUGGACACUCUUCGUCAGAUCCACUGUGCAGCGCAGUCCUGUGGCCUCAGUAAGAACGGAGCAGCUUCUCCUCAGCUCCAGCAUAAUCCCCACCACCAGCCACAGCAGUUCCACAUCCAGCAACAGCCUCAGGCUAAGGCCCACCCACAGCCUCCACCACUGCACCAAACACAAACUCAGUCCCAACCUCAGACCGUGCCUCAGGCUUAUAUCCAUCCCCAAUCCCAGCCACAUCACCAGCCACCAGCUCUCCCUCUGGUUCAAACUGUCUCAAAGCCACAGCCACCGGCCUAUCCUGAACCCCCACCCGUACCCCACGUCCAGUUUCAGUUCCAGACACAGCAACAGAGGGCAGCAGGACCUCUAAACUCCAUCCCCGAGAAAGAGACGGUCAGUGAUGAUCCUGCAGGAUCCUGCUGACCCGCAGCCUGUGCCCACAGAGAAUCCUACCCAAAGAGAGACAGAGAGAGUGAGAUAGUGAUGGAGAAUGAUAAGCAGAAGGAUGUAGAAGAUAAGAAGGAGGCGGUGAGCAGUGCCAUUAAUGAAAGGGAGAUGGAGGAAAUAAUGGAGAGAGUUAAAGAGAUGAUGAUGGUGAGGAAGACUCGUCGCAUUAGAAGUGAGACACAAGUAUGAAGGGAGGUUUUAAGGUUUGAGCUGGCCAGAGGGCUAAAGAAGAAAAGACAGAGAGACCUCACACUUCAUUCAUACAUUUUAAACAGGAUGGAAAACUGGAAAGACAAUGUUUAUUUUUCCCCAUUGCAAAUUUGGAAUAAAUUUCCAUUUGAGCCAGAAAGUUUAGGUCUCUUCUGUCUUCUAUAAUCUCUGGUUCUCUGUUGUGAAAAGUAAAAAUGGUAACAACUGGUAUUACACUUCUAGUCUGGACCAGCUUUCAGUAGUUGGAUCAGUGAGUUACAUAUCCCUGUCUCUCUCUGGGCAGUGCUAGUUACAUGCCCCUAUACUACGUACUCUAGCUCUGUGGGUACAGGCUUUACCUUACAUUGGCAUUUCCUGCCACAAAUUUGCCUUUUCAUUUCUAGAGACUCCUCGGCAUGUCUUUGUGCUUUCAUUUCUUCAUGCUCACGCUUUUCCUCUUCCAUUUUAGACAUCUCUUAAAGCUAAGUGCAAACCAUCACUCUUUUCAAUAAAGAGGAUGCCAUUUUCAUUUUAAGUGCACAAUGUAGAGCUGCUCAGCUAGGCUGAGCUCUGUAGUUCUCACCGAGGACCAUUUCAGAACAAACCAGGGAGCUGUAGAGUUAAGUAGAUAAAACAAACUGCAGCUGUUGAUGUGUUCAGUCACACUGAAGCUCUUGCAUCCCUUGCUGGUGUCACCCUCCGUCAGACCCCACACAUCUCCAGUGUCAUUCCUUAGGAUUUAAGUUCUUCAACAUUUCUGGACCCUCCCCACAGGGUCUCCUUGUCUCCUCCCAAGGGGCUGUGUGCGUAACGUUAUGUGAGUUGGUGUUUUGGUCCCCAGGGGGGAGCUAGCCCACGUCCUUGAGUGGCGGAGCUCACCAGCCAAUCACAACUGGAAUAUGUGACUUUGCCUGUUAGAGGCCACGAGUAAAAGUUCAACAGGAACAUGGUACUGCUGUUAAUAAAAGUAAAGUUAAUAUAGAUGUAAAGUGUAUGUAAAAUGUAUGAAGGGAACAUAUAUGGCUAUAAUAAUUCUUGCAGACACAGACAUUAAUAAUUGAUAUUAUAAUUGUUGUUAGUUCUAUUGAUAUUCUAAUUCUUUUUUUAACAUUACUUCCACAUAUACAGUGAUUUGACACCUGUUGUUCUGUGGUGCAGAUCAGGACAACCAGUGCAUGUGGGACUGGGAAGAGUGGUCGUGGGUUAGCGCUACAACAUGAGAGUCAAACAGUUACCUGACAUGUGUUUCACUGCAAAAUGAGUGUCUGUAAGUGGCCCAUUAAAACUGGCUUU